AUGGAUGGAAAAAUCUCUGAUGAAAUGCUGAUGAAAGAUGCUUCUGAUGCUGAUCUGGACAAUGAACUGGACACACAAGAAGAAUACAAGAAGAAAUGGUACCUGAUGAAGGCUAAGUAUGAAAUGUUUCUUAAAACACCUACCAACAAUGAUAUUGGACAAGAUGCAGCAGAAGAAAUAGAGUUACUACUAGGAGCUGAUAUCUUGGGCCAACUGCUCACAGGUAAAAUUGAACAGCUAGAUCACACUCUGGUUGCUGUUCAGACUGUGUUAGGAUGGACAGUAAUGGGACAAUGUGGAAAAAGUUACCAGUCACUUAUUAGUAUUAGUUGCUUUGCUAAAAUGGACAUUUCAGAUCUAUGGCGUUUAGAUGUUUUGGGCAUCACUGAUCCAUCAGGUAGUAAAACAAAGGAGGCGAAUGCAUCAGAUGUUUUGAAGCAUUUUAACAAAACUAUUGUAGUAAAUAGUGAAAAUAGGUACGAGGUGACUCUUCCAUGGAUUGAAGGCCAUCCGGAGCUUAUGGACAACAAAGUUACAGCCGAGAAGCGACUACAUGCAGUGACCAAGAAGUUGAUUAAGUUAGAAAAGUUCAAUGAGUAUGAUCAGGUAUUUUCAGAGUGGUUAAAUUCAAACAUUAUUGAAAGGGUUGUUGAGUCCUCUGUAACUGAUAGACCUGUACACUACUUACCUCAUCACGCUGUGGUCAAAGAAUCCAGUUUGACUACUAAGGUUCGACCAGUCUUUGAUGCUUCUGCUGUCGAUAGUAGGGGGAAUUCUCUUAACUCUUGUUUGGAAAAGGGACCUAAUUUAAUAGAACUAAUUCCAGCUCUCCUAAUGAAGUUUAGAAAACACCCAAUAGGCGUUAUUUCAGAUAUUAAGAAAGCUUUCUUGCAAGUUAGUUUAACAGAAAGUGACAGAGACGCUUUAAGAUUUUUGUGGUGGAAGGACUAUGAUUCUAGAGAAAUAUCUGAGUUUCGACACUGUAGGGUGGUAUUUGGAGUUUCUUCUAGCCCAUUUUUGUUGAGUGCUACUUUAGCUCAUCACCUGGAGAACUCUCCUGAAACUAUGAAAGAUACGGCAAAUAAAUUGAAAGAGUCUUUCUAUGUUGAUAACUGUGUAACCAGUGUAGAGAGUGAAUAUGAACUUCAUCGAUUUGUAGAAGAAUCUCAGCUUCUUUUGUCAAAAGCCAAGUUUGAGCUUCAUAGUUGGGCAAGUAAUGUUUUGCUGCCAGAAGAAAUAUACAAGUCUGAAGAAAAGAAUAUGUAUCUCUCAGACAACUCGGUUCCUGUCUUAGGAUUAAUGUGGGAUGUAAAAUCAGACGAGCUUUACUGUAAUGUGAAUUCUGUAAGCAUUUUUGAUAAACCAAUCACAAAAAGAAGUUUAUUGUCGAUAUCUCAUCGUAUAUUUGAUCCGAUAGGAUUCACUUGUCCAUUUACUUUGAUCCCCAAGAUGUUACUGCAACAGGUUUGGAAGCUAAAACUGAGUUGGGAUGAUGAACUACCAUAUGAUAUCUUACAACAGUUUGAUAAGUGGAUAAAAGACUUGCACUAUUUGUCAAGUUGUAGGAUUCCUUGA